GAAGUUCUCUCAGCGCCCCGGAUGCAACUGGGCGGUGGAGGUUGCCAGGCGACGGAAGCUUCUUCCUCCCGCUGGUGCUAAUGUACGGAACCUGUGACAAGCGGCCGGCCUUGACCGCUGCGGCCCUCUCCGGGUUCCCACGAUGUUCUUCUACCUGAGCAAGAAAAUUGCUGUUCCCAAUAACGUGAAGUUGAAAUGCAUAUCCUGGAACAAAGACCAAGGGUUCAUAGCAUGUGGUGGUGAAGAUGGAUUACUGAAAGUUUUGAGAUUAGAGACACAGACAGAUGACUCAAAAUUGAGGGGUCUUGCAGCCCCCAGUAACCUUUCCAUGAACCAGAAUCUUGAAGGCCAUAGUGGUGCUGUUCAAGUUGUAACGUGGAAUGAACAGUACCAGAAGUUGACGACCAGCGAUCAAAAUGGACUUAUCAUCGUCUGGAUGUUAUAUAAAGGCUCUUGGUAUGAGGAGAUGAUCAAUAAUCGUAAUAAGUCAGUGGUUCGAAGUAUGAGUUGGAACUCGGAUGGACAGAAGAUCUGCAUUGUGUAUGAAGACGGUGCUGUGAUAGUUGGCUCAGUGGACGGGAAUCGUAUUUGGGGGAAAGACUUGAAGGGUAUACAGCUAUGCCAUGUAACCUGGUCUGCAGAUAGUAAAGUCUUACUUUUUGGAAUGGCAAAUGGGGAAAUACACAUUUAUGAUAAUCAAGGAAAUUUUAUAAUGAAAAUGAAACUGAACUGUUUGGUGAAUGUCACUGGAGCAAUCAGCAUUGCUGGGAUUCACUGGUACCACGGCACAGAAGGCUAUGCAGAGCCUGAUUGCCCAUGCCUUGCAAUUUGUUUUGACAAUGGGCGAUGCCAAAUAAUGAGACAUGAAAAUGACCAAAACCCCGUGUUGAUUGAUACUGGCAUGAAUGUGGUUGGUAUCCAGUGGAACCACAUUGGAAGCGUGCUAGCUGUGGCAGGCUCCCAGAAAGUACUCACUCAGGAUAAGGAUAUCAACAUUGUGCAGUUUUACACUCCAUUUGGUGAGCAUCUAGGUACUUUAAAAGUUCCUGGAAAGCAGAUGUGUUCACUGUCUUGGGAAGGAGGUGGACUGAAAAUUGCGCUAGCUGUUGACUCCUUUAUAUAUUUUGCAAAUAUUCGACCUGAUUAUAAGUGGGGCUAUUGCUCAAACACUGUGGUUUAUGCAUAUACCAGACCCAAUCGUCCUGAGUACUGUGUUGUCUUUUGGGAUACCAAAAACAACGAGAAGUACAUUAAAUAUGUGAAGAGUCUCAUUUCUAUCACCACGUGUGGUGAUUUCUGUAUUUUGGCCACAAAAGCUGAUGAAAGCCACCCUCAGGAGGAGAAUGAAAUGGAGACAUUUGGUGCAAUGUUUGUGCUAGUUCUUUGCAAUUCUAUUGGCACACCCUUGGAUCCCAAAUACAUUGAUCUUGUACCACUAUUUGUUGCAAUGACCAAAACCCAUGUAAUAGCAGCUUCGAAAGAAGCAUUUUAUACCUGGCAAUAUCGUGUGGCAAAGAAGCUCACAGCACUGGAGAUUAAUCAGAUCACACGGUCUCGAAAAGAAGGACGAGAAAGAAUUUAUCAUGUUGAUGAUACUCCUUCUGGAUCUGUGGAUAGUGUGCUUGAUUAUAGUAAAGCCAUUCAAGGUACAAGGGAUCCAAUUUGUGCCAUUACUGCAUCUGAUAAGACACUGAUUGUGGGGCGUGAAUCUGGUAUCAUCCAGAGAUACAGCUUUCCUAACGUUGCUUUGAUUCAAAAAUAUUCCUUGGAUUGUCGAGCCUGCCAGUUAUCUUUGAAUUGCAACUCUAGUCGUCUUGCUAUCAUUGACAUCGCAGGAGUCCUGACCUUCUUUGACUUGGACGCACGGGUAACAGACAGUACAGGGCAGCAAGUAGUUGGCGAGUUGUUAAAAUUGGAGCGGAAAGAUGUUUGGGACAUGAAGUGGGCCAAGGAUAAUCCUGAUUUGUUUGCAAUGAUGGAGAAGACAAGAAUGUAUGUCUUCAGAAACUUGGAUCCUGAGGAACCCAUUCAGACCUCUGGAUAUAUCUGCAACUUUGAGGAUUUAGAAAUUAAAUCUGUUCUUUUGGAUGAGAUAUUGAAGAAUCCAGAACACCCUAGCAAGGAUUAUAUAAUCAACUUUGAGAUUCGGUCCCUGCGAGAUAGUCGAGCAUUGAUUGAGAAGGUUGGAAUUGAAGACGCAUCUCAGUUCAUAGAGGACAAUCCACACCCCCGACUUUGGCGCCUGUUGGCUGAAGCCGCUCUUCAGAAACUGGACUUGUACAUGGCACAGCAAGCAUUUGUACGCUGCAAAGAUUACCAAGGCAUAAAGUUUGUGAAGAGCCUGGGCAAUUUGCAGAGUGAGUCAAUGAAGCAGGCUGAGGUUACUGCCUACUUUGGCAGGUUUGAAGAGGCUGAAAGAAUGUAUCUAGCUAUGGACAGAAGAGACCUUGCUAUUGGUCUAAGGCUGAAAUUGGGGGAUUGGUUUAGAGUACUGCAACUCCUGAAAACUGGAUCUGGUGAUGCAGAUGACAGUCUGCUUGAACACGCCCACAAUGCCAUUGGAGACUACUUUGCUGACCGACAAAAGUGGUUGAAUGCUGUACAAUAUUAUGUAAAAGGCCGGAACCAGGAACGCUUAGCUGAAUGCUAUUACAUGUUAGAAGAUUAUGAGGGAUUAGAGAAUCUUGCCAAUUCACUUCCAGAAAACCACAAGUUACUUCCAGAAAUAGCACAGAUGUUUGUGAGAGUUGGAAUGUGUGAACAAGCUGUGAGUGCGUUCUUGAAAUGUAACCAACCAAAGGCAGCAGUGGAUACCUGUGUACACCUCAACCAAUGGAACAAAGCUGUUGAAUUGGCUAAAAGUCAUAGUAUGAAAGAAAUUGGAUCUCUGUUAGCUAGAUAUGCAUCUCAUUUACUGGAAAAGAACAAGACUCUUGAUGCCAUUGAACUCUAUCGGAAAGCCAGUUACUUUUUCGAUGCGGCUAAACUGAUGUAUAAGAUUGCAGAUGAGGAGGCAAAGAAAAGGAGCAAACCCUUACGUGUCAAGAAGCUCUACGUGCUGUCGGCCUUACUCAUAGAGCAGUACCACGAACAAAUGAAGGACGCCCAGCGGGGGAAAGUCAAAGGGAAGAAUGCAGAGGCCACUUCUGCUUUGGCUGGCUUGCUGGAAGAGGAAGUUCUGACUACAACUAGUCGUUUCACAGAUAACCCUUGGAGAGGAGCUGAGGCUUACCACUUCUUUAUACUUGCACAGCGGCAGCUCUAUGAGGGAUAUGUUGACACCGCAUUGAAGACAGCUCUGCACCUGAGAGACUAUGAAGACAUUAUUCCUGCGGUUGAGAUCUACUCUUUGUUAGCACUCUGUGCUUGUGCAAGUAGAGCUUUUGGCACCUGUUCCAAAGCGUUUAUUAAACUCGAAUCCUUAGAGACCCUCAGUGCAGAACAGAAGCAGCAGUAUGAAGACCUUGCUCUGGAAAUCUUCAGCAAACACACUCCAAAGGAUAACAGAAAAUCUGAGCUGAACAGUCUUCUUGAAGGUGGAGAAGGAAAGCUGCCAACGUGCAUUGCUACCGGAAGCCCAAUCAUUGAGUAUCAAUUCUGGGUGUGCAAAGUAUGCAAACACUGUGUUCUUGCUCAGGAAAUCAGUAACUAUAACUUCUGUCCUUUAUGCCACAGUUCAGUAGAAUAAAGGAAAGAACUGUGUUAAUUGUAAAAUUUAUGUAACGUAGAUACCUAUCUGCACCUCUAUAUGUAAUGCUUAAUUUCCUUGUUUUAUAUGAAAAUGGGCUUCAUCAUCUAGUAGUUGUAGUUUGUUACAAAAUAUGUAUUAGGAUAAUAAAGCAAAGGCUGGGACGUAGCUUCAUGGGAGAGUGCUUGCCAAGCAUGCAUGAGACCCUGGAGUGCAUUGUCAGCACUGCAAAAAGAAAAAGAAAAACAUGGGAUAAUUGUUGCACAGAAAUGCAACUAUGAAAUAAUACGAUUAUUGUCACACAAAAUUCAUGGAUGUGAAUUUUAUUUUCUUUCUGUGUUUUCUAUCCAUCUAUCUUUAUAUAUCUUAGGGUUUGUGAUAGAUGAAAAUAUUCCCAACAAGAAAUAUUUUUCUUAUCAAGGUUACUAAUUCAUUAUAAAAUCUUAGUGAGGUAGGUGGGCAUGGAGGAGGCACAGGAGUGAAUUCAGGGAACUGACAUAACCUGUAUCACAGGGUAAACAACUCUGUUAGGAAAUGAGCCUUAUUUUCAGCUAUAUUUAAGUAUUGAAUGAUUUCUAUAUUUUAUUUUCAUUAAGUGAGGAGAUAGCAUUUUAGGACUUAUUAUUAGAAGUUUAAAAAUUAUUUUCAUUCAGGAGGGGGCAUUUGACAGUUACCCAUUUUUCUUAUAAUAAACAUGAAUUAACUGACUUGAGUAAUGCUGUUAUUUUUUUUAAUCAUCAAGCUUAUCCCAAAUUAUGCUGCUUCAAAAUACUCUUGUAAGCCUAAGUGCUGAAAUGAUAAGCCCAGCUGAUAGAGCUAUACAAGUAAGCAGUGCGCCCAAUAAUCAGUACCAUUGUUAACCCUCUACCAUUGCAAAUAGAACUUCAUUGUAUUUUGUUAAAAUAUACUUUGAAAUUAUCUUUCUAUAUUCCUGGAGCUGGGUUCCUAGGUUUUUAUGAGAUAAUAUUUGAAGUAAGUAUGACAGUAAUAAAUUCUGAAGAAACAAUAA